CUCGAAAGCCGAUAAAGUGGAGAAARGUUUUCUGUUCUUCAAACAUUGAAGUUCAAUAUGAAACUCUAUUGCUUAAGCCAGGCACCGAACUCGCCAUGUUUUGUGUUCCAGUUCAAGCAGACAACGAUCAUGUUGGAUUGUGGGCUUGACAUGUCCAGUGUCACRCAUUUCUCUCCGUUAUCUUUAGUUAACAAUGAACAGUUAAGCUCUCAAAAGUCUUGGACAACGAGAGAACUGCAAGACAUAGAAGGAUUUACAUCUCAAAAUAAUUUGAAAGAAGUUUCUGGUAGGGUAAUUAUUGAUGCAGAACCAGAAGUUUGUCCACCAGAGACAGGUUUAGUGGAUUUUUCAACUAUUGAUGUGAUUUUGAUAUCAAAUUAUCAUUUCAUGAACGCACUGCCAUAUAUCACAGAGUAUUSUGAUUUUUCUGGGAAAAUAUACGCAACAGAUCCAACUAUUCAAAUAGGAAGAGAUUUUAUGCUUGAGUUGGUAAGCUUUGCUGAAAGAGUUCCAAAAGUCAGUAAAGGAAGCAUGUGGAAAGAGACUGAUGUUUUGAGGUGUCUUCCAUCGCCACUGUGUGAUAUCAAGAGUGCCAAGGCAUGGAGGAAGUUAUACAGUAAGCAUGAUGUCAAAGCCUGCAUUUCUAAAAUUCAAAGUGUUGGUUACAGUGAAAAACUCGAUCUUUAUGGUGUUCUGCAAUUAACUCCUCUCAGUUCUGGAUUCUGCAUAGGAAGUUGUAAUUGGGUUAUUAAGUCUGAUUAUGAAAAGAUUUCCUAUUUGUCAUCGUCUUCAUCAUUCACCACUCAUCCACUGCCAUUAGAUCAAGCACCUCUAAAAAACAGUGAUGUUGUUAUCACUACCGGGCUCACUGAAGCACCAACAUCSAACCCAGAUGCAAUGCUUGCUGAGUUCUGUUCACAUCUAUCAACCACUCUAAGAAAUGGAGGGAAUGUUUUAGUUCCAUGCUAUCCUUCGGGAGUACUGUAUGACUUGUUUGAGUGUCUAUAUUCCUACCUGGAUAGUGCUAAUUUGAUGACCAUACCAAUCUAUUUUAUUUCUCCUGUCGCUGACAGUUCACUGGCUUACUCUAAUAUUUAUGCAGAAUGGUUAUGUCACAGUAAACAGACUAAAGUAUAUCUCCCAGAGCCUCCCUUCCCACAUGCCGAGCUUGUAAAGAUAGGAAGACUAAAGCAUUUUCCAAGUUUACAUGGUGGUUUUAGUGGUUCAUUUAAAACACCAUGCAUCGUCUUCACUAGUCACCCUUCAUUGAGGUUUGGUGAUGCUGUGCAUUUCAUGGAAAUGUGGGGGAAAUCAAGCGCAAAUACAGUAAUAUUUACAGAAUCUGACUUUCCUUACCUGGAAGCCCUAGCACCUUACCAGCCUCUUGCCAUGAAGGCGUGCUAUUGUCCAAUUGAUCCUCGAUUAAACUUCAGCCAAAUMAAUAAACUUCUCAAAGAACUGAAGCCUGGUCAUGUCGUUAUCCCAGAUGAAUACACGCAUACCCCUACCCUACUCCCCCACAGGACAGAUUUGACGAUUCAAGACAUGGAGUGUCCGAUAUCAACGAUCAGUCAUCUUGAUGUGUUGUCACUGCCUAUAUCAAGGGAAUACGAAAAGGUUACUCUCGAUAACUCGAUCAGUCAMUUACUUCACCCUUACGAAGUGCGUCCAGGUGUGGCCGUUGCUACGGUAACAGGUACCUUGGUAACCAAAGAYAACAAGUACACKCUAGAACCUCUUUCAUUUGGAUUAGAAGACAGUAAAAAAGAAUCCAGAAGCGAUAUAGCCAAGCAUCAACAAUCUCGUCAUCUUUGGGGAACAGUUUUGGUUGAAGAUUUCAUACAAUCGCUCGCUAAGCGAGGAAUUCAUGAUGUUAACAUCGAAUCUAGCUCUWGUGGACACACAAUUCACCUUCCAGAGGAUGAUGCCAUGAUCCAGCUGGAUCGAGGAAGUACGCACAUUAUCACCCAUAGCAACGAAGGGCUCAGAAUCCGMAUCAGGGAUGCACUACUUGAUUGUCUACCACAAUUUUAGGAAGAGUAGAAAAGAAGUAGAACGAGAAAUUUGGUUUGUAUAUAGUGUAGUUAAURAUAAAUUAGAUAUUUAGAACAAUUACCUCUUGUCUAAUAUAUUUAAGUACUUUUUGAGAAACAUAUAUUCCUUUGUGAUAUAAAUUUUGAUUGGCCGGAAAAAAACUUUCUCUUCGUCAAAAUCACCGGGCUGCCUGUGGAAAUAAUGUGACGAUUGCGUGACAACCCAUGACCUCAGUUCAGCUGAGUAAUUCAAUGUAGACAAAAUGGCUUCAACUUCAGACAYCGACAUUGAUAGUACUCAAUCUGCGAAAGAAACAGACAAUUAUAACACCAAGAAAUCGACCAAAGGUUGUAAACUUUUAUUCGAAGAAUAUCUAACGGAAAAUAAUAUCGAAUUUCCUUCAAACAGCGAAGAAUUGUCAAACGUUUUGAAAAGGUUUUAUGUGGAAGCGAGGCGAAGAGAUGGAAAUCAGUACUCAAAAAACUCUCUUUCUUCGAUACGYUUUGGAUUAAAAAGACACUUCAAGGAUAUUUUACAAGURGAUAUUGUGAARGAUAAAGAAUUUCGUGAGGCGAAUCGGGUUUAUGAAKCRCAGUGCARUGARAGAGAAGGSAGUACAGAACAUAUACCAGCUCUCAACGACGAGGACAUAAUAAGACUUUACGAAUGUGGCGUCUUCGACACACAGAACCCCACCACUCUACAGAACAAAGUAUUCUUUGAGUUAAUGAUGUUUUUCUGCCUUCGAGGAAGAGGAAUCUUACGCCAUUUGAAGAAAGACCACUUUCAUGUAGAAAUGGACGAUGAAGGGAGAAAAUGCAUCGUGAAGUUAUCAGACGACGGCGAUCAAUCUGAUAACGAAGGYGUCAUGGUAGCAAAUAAUGGACCAUUUUGUCCAGUACGUUCUUUUGAAAAAUACCUAAGUCACUUAAACCCACUGAAUGAGUUCUUCUUCCAAAGACCGAAGCAAUCAGAUCAAUGCAAUGAUGGUCAAGUAUGGUAUGAAAAUGUUGUUGUUGGUCAACAAUCACUUGGUAAAAAGAUGAAAUUYAUUUCUCAACAAGCACAACUAUCAACUGUGUACACGAACCAUUCUAUACGAGCUACAGCAGUUACCAUUCUCAACAAAUGUGGGUUUGAYCCACGUUGUAUUAUGUCUGUUAGUGGUUACAAGACUGAAAGCUCAGUCAAGAGCUAUAUGGAAAGACCAMACAGCAAGUCCUAACUGUCAUAUGAGGACAUUGCUGGCCUGUUCUGCUCUCUUAAAAAA